AUGGUUAAAACAACCGUUUCCGCCUCCAAGCGCCGCCGUAUCGCUUGCAAGAAGCGCUCCACAAAAGAAAACGACUCCGCCGCCGUCACCGUCGGUUCCAAGGCUAAGUAUAGGAAGAAGCCUGAAUCUAUUGAGCCGAAGAUCACUCCUCCGUGUACAGAGUGCGGGAGGAAAUUUCGGUCGGAUAAAGCGCUUUUCGGUCACAUGAGGUGUCAUCCAGAACGUAAAUGGCGAGGGAUUAAUCCGCCGCUUUGUUUCCGUCGCUCGAUUUCGGUUUCUCCUUCUAGUCCUGUUCUCGAUUUUGAAGAAUCUUCGAUUACGGAAGAGGAACAGAACAUCGCCGAUUGCUUGAUAAUGCUCGCGAAUGGCCUUAAUUUCAUCGAUAGGGCUUCCGAUUGGGAGAAUGAAUCAGCUCAUGAAGAGGUUUGUGUUAAUUUUGAUUUGAAUAUGCCUGCGCCUGUUGAAGAUUCCUCAUCUUCUUCAUAUUCCUCUUUCUCUGCCAUCACUCUGGAUCUCAGAUUGGGACUUUAA